CCUAACACUUUCUGAAUGUAUGUAUGUAUUUUUCACAGCACUGAAGAGGCUUCUCUCUCUCUCUCUCUCUCUCUCUGAGUUGAAUUUGACUCUGCAGAAAAGUGGAAACCCUAACCUAAGAAUUACUUCAAAUCUUUCUUCACAGUUGAAGUUUGUGAAAUUGUUGAAACGGAAAUGCUUCUGAUUUCUUAGUCUGUUACUAUCGGAGAUUGAGAAUAAUGGGUAGACGCCAUGGAUGGGAACUCCCUUUUCACACUUUUCAGGUCGUGGCUAUUACGGUUUUUUUCUUGCUAUGCAUUGCAUAUUAUGCCUUCUUUGCUCCUUUUCUUGGAAAGGACAUCUUUGAAUUCGUCGCUUUUGGUGUUUACUCUCUACUGGCACUUUCUGUAUUCUUUCUAUAUGUUCGAUGCACUGCCAUUGACCCCGCUGAUCUAGGAGUAAUGAUUGAUUGCGAUAAAACAUCCAAGAAUAGAUCAAAACUUGAUGAAGAGUUGGCAGAACCCAGCAAGACAAGGCUAAAGGAUGAUGGAAUAUCUGAUCAGCAUGAUUCAAAUGGGUGCUCGAAACUUGGAUGUUGCCUGUGUAGUUUCCUUGCUAGAGAAGAUUGCCGUAGCGAUGAAGAUUUUAUUCUUCAGCAACAAUCUGGAGAGGAGGAUGCUUUGUUCUGUACUUUAUGCAAUGCUGAGGUUCGGAAGUUCAGUAAGCAUUGUAGAAGUUGUGACAAAUGUGUUGAUGGAUUUGAUCACCAUUGCCGGUGGUUGAACAAUUGCGUCGGAAGGAAGAACUACAUCUCAUUUGUGUGCCUAAUGGCUGUGAGCCUGGUUUGGCUUUUAGUUGAAUGCGGAGUCGGGAUUGCUGUGCUUGUCAGAUGCUUUGUUGAUAAGAAGGAUACAGAAAAUCUGAUAGCUGUAAAGCUUGGAGCUGGAUUCUCUCGAGCCCCAUUUGCUACAAUAGUGGCCAUAUGCACAGCAGUUUCUUUCCUUGCGAUUAUACCUCUGGGAGAAUUAUUCUUUUUUCAUAUGAUCCUGAUCCGAAAGGGUAUUACAACGUACGAAUAUGUCGUUGCUAUGAGAACUUUGACUGAACCACCUGGUCCUUCAGUUGAUGCGGGUGAGCAGCAGAGUCUACCUUCAUCUCCUACUGGUUCAUCUGUCACUGCAAUAAGCGGAAGAAGCUCUGUUGGAAUGAGUUUGCAAAUCAAAGGUGCCUGGUGUACACCUCCAAGAAUCUUUAUGGAUCAACAGGAUGAAAUUAUACAUCAUUUGGAGCCUGGCCGCUUACCAUCUACUGUGGAUCCAGAUGCAAUACAACCACCUGACAAGGGGAAAAAAUUGAACCAGCGCCCUGUGCGAAUAAGCGCAUGGAAACUUGCAAAAUUAGAUUCCAAUGAAGCAGCUAAGGCAUUAGCUAAAGCUCGAGCAUCGUCGUCUGUGCUUCGUCCAAUUAGUUCUCGAUCUCAUGCAUAUGAUGUCGAUCAUUUAUCAAGUAGCAAUUUGAGUGGAAGAAGCAGCCCUAUUAGUAACCGAGGAUUUCAUAACAAAUAUGAUCAAGCAGGGACAUCAAGGUUAUCUCCUUCCAAGAGUUCAUACCCUCCCAGUCAAGCAAGCAGGGAAGAUUUAGAUGCGUGCCACCACAGUAUGAGUAACUUGAGCAGUCCACAAGUGUCCAACAUAUCUCCUUCGCCAAUGCAGAGGCCAGGUUUGAACAGAGACCAUUUCAACCCCAUGUAUCAGCAACCAUCUAUAAAUCAGUCUCCUUCAUCAGUUAGAGGAAGUGAAGGGAGUGUAAAUCCAGUUCAUGAAAAUGGUGCACGUGUGGCAAUGAGGAAUAACAGCUUAGCUGUUUUAGAGGAUAGAAGGUCGUCAGUGUUUUGGGAUCAAGCAGCUGGUCGCUUUGUCCCGAACCCAUCUAGAGCUCAAGGCAGUUCUCAGAUUCCUGGAACAGAGUUAACAUACAGCGGCCGUUCUAUAUUUUUUGGCAGUCCUGCUGUGAGUGAACAGUCAAAUGCAGGAACAAGAAAUAGUAGCUCAGUAGCUGGUGUUUCGGACAGAGAUAAUACUAUAAGGGAUUUUCAGCAAGGUAGAUCACAUAGAGGUGCCCAGCUUCCUGUGUUCGUUCCCAGUUAUUCCCAGCAAAACAAGUUCUCUUAGGGUAUGUUUCAAUUGAUGGUAUCUUGGAAUGGAAUGUGAUAACAUCUAAAUAGUAGAAUGUUAGCCCAUUCCAUUCUACUCCUUUUCACCAUUAAUUGCAAUUUUUUCUUCUCUAGGAACAUGUUAUCUAGCGCUUUUUAAUGUAUGUCUUCUUGCCAUCGCGUGGUUUAGUAUGUUCAUCAUUCCAUCUGUACAGUCUAAUGGAUCACAACCUUUCUCUGUACUAAUUCAUUGACCACUAUCAUUGGAUUCGAGUAAUUGAAGUUUGAAUUUGAUCAAAGGAUGUUUUGAUUCUCGUUUGGAAUCCCGAAA